CUCUUCAUCCAAUACGUCUUAAAGCCUCUCAUCCAUAUCUUCUGCUUCACCAAAUUACAGGAACUCUAUCUAGUCAAAAUGGUCAAGGCUGUUGCUGUCCUCAAGGGUGACUCCCACGUCUACGGUACUAUAACUUUUACCCAGGACUCGGAAGGCGCUCCCGUUUGCGUCUCGGGUGAGAUCAAGAACCUCGACGCUGACGCCAAGCGAGGCUUCCACGUCCACGAGUUUGGAGACAACACCAACGGCUGUACUUCUGCCGGUCCCCAUUACAACCCCUUCCACAAGAACCACGGUGGUCCCACUGCCGCCGAGAGGCACGUUGGUGACCUCGGUAACGUCCAAACGAACGGCUGCGGUGUCGCUAUGGUUGACAUUUCCGACAAGGUCAUCUCCCUCUUCGGCCCUCACUCCAUCAUUGGUCGAAGUAUGGUCGUCCACGCCGGUACUGACGAUCUCGGCAAGGGCGGCAACGAGGAGUCCCUGAAGACUGGCAAUGCAGGUGCCCGUCUUGCCUGCGGUGUCAUCGGUAUCGCCGCUUAAGCACACCUUCACAUAUGUGUGCAUACCUUUAUAUAUUUGUGGUUGAACAAAUAGAGGGGAAAGUAAUGUAAUUAAUUAGGGGUUUUGAGAAGAGAUGAAAGAUGCAAGUAAUUGAAGCAGA